AUGUCUUCCACCACAGAAAUCGAAGAACUCUUUCAGAAUAUCAAAGACCAACACGGCCAUACCCCCGAUAUACUCAUAUCCAACGCCGGCACGGCAGGCUUCAACAACAAAGCCAACCCAUACCUGGAAAACAUUUCCCUCGAAGAAUUCGACUUCACCAUCAACAUCAACCUCCGCUCCUCCUUCUUGCUGUGCAAGAUCGCCAUGCCGCACAUGGUCUCCCAGGGCUGGGGCCGCAUCGUUUUCGUGUCGUCGAUAUCAGCCAUUGGCGGCGGCAUCAAUGGCUGCCACUACGCCGCGAGCAAGGCUGGUAUGACGGGCCUGAUGAAGAAUCUCGCGUCCAAGCAUGCCAAGGACGGUGUCACGCUCAACGACGUCGCGCCGGCCAUGAUUGGCGAUACGGGAAUGAUUCCCGAUGAGAAGCGUGUGGAGGGCACGCCUGGUGAUGUGAAGAAUAUCCCCGUUGGGCGGUUGGGGACGCCGCAGGAGUGUGCUAAUCGCAAAUCAAACCGCAUCGUCGGGCGCGUCCGACGAGGAUCCUCCCGGACGCAGGAGGACUUCACCUCUUUAUGCUACGAGAUCCGAGCCGCGUGGGCCUGGAUCGUGCACCUGGAGACGGUAGAUGAAGAAGGCGAGUUGCCGCCUCAGGAUCUGGAACUGAGGUCGGUCUUUGUUACCGGGGACCUCAUCGCCGGGUUGAAAGCCAGUUUCCCGACACCAUUGGCUGGCGAUGAGCUUGCGUGGGCUCAGGAGAACUACGCGGCGUUUAAGGAGAGGGCGGAGGCGGGGGAUGAGGAUUUUGCGGAUCUUGUUGCUGAGAUUCAAAGUUGGCCAGAGUUUGAGGCUUAG